AUGGAUAAAAUGGGCUCAUCUGAUGUUAAUAGAGGAAUUCCUGCUACUAGUAGAGAUGGGGCACCAAUUGAAUUGACAGCUCUACUCAAGGUUUGCUUAGAUUUUGUCAGUCAUGCUCAAAAUCAUUAUCCUUAUGAUGGUGUUAUAUGUCCUAAUGGUAAGAAACUACUCUUCAAAGAAUGGUCUCAUUUCUUACUUGUUAAUUUUGAAAAGUAUUACUACAUUCCAAAAUAAAACGAUCCAAAUUACUAAGAAUAUCAUAUUGUUGAAAAACAUGUUAGACAUCGCCAAAUCUAUAAGGAUCUUGUUAAAUCAUCGAAGCCCAGAAAUGAAUAUCAAUUAAGAUGCAAUGCUAGUAUUGCUAUAGGAUUGGCUCCUGAACUGUUUCACAAGGAAAAGGCCAUGUUCCAUUUGGCUACUGUUGAAGCCUGUCUGUUAAGAGAAGGCUCCAUUGGGGUCAAGACUCUUGAUCCUGCUGCUUCGGAAUAUGUUCAUUUUUAUGAUAACAACGAUUAAUCUCACAUCUUCAAUGUAUCUCACGGUUUCUCUUAUCAUAAUGGACCAGAAUGGGUGUGGGUAUAUGGAUACUUCAUCAAGGCCUUGAUUGCUAUCCAUGGCAAGGAACACAUCAACAGACAGCUGUUUUAUUCCUAUUUGUCGAACCACAAAAUAACUCUGCAUCAAAACGAAUGGUAUUCCUUGCCUGAGAUGACCAAUGGAAAUGGAGAAUACAAUAUAUUUUCAUGUAGAGCUCAAGCUUGGUCAAUUGCUUGCAUUUUAGAGGCAAUCAGUGAAUAUGAAUGA